CCAGAGGGAUACACGUGCAUGAAAGCUGGGAGGAAUCCAAACUACGGCUACACCAGCUUCGACAGCUUCGGCUGGGCCUUCCUGGCUCUGUUCCGACUCAUGACGCAGGACUUCUGGGAGAAACCUGUACAUGCUGACGCUGAGGGCCGCAGGGAAGACCUACAUGAUCUUCUUCGUGCUGGUGAUCUUCGUGGGCUCCUUCUACCUGGUCAACCUGAUCCUGGCCGUGGUGGCCAUGGCCUACGAGGAGCAGAACCAGGCCACCAUGGAGGAGGCUCUGCAGAAGGAGGAGGAGUUCAAGAACAUGCUGGAGCAGCUCAAGAGGCAGCAGGAGGACGCCCAGACCGCUGCCAUGGCGACCUCAGCGGGCACGGUGUCGGAGGACGCGGUGGAGGACGACGGCGGCGAGCACAUGUCCUGCAGCUCCUCGGACAUGUCCAAGCUGAGCUCCAAGAGCGCCAAGGAGCGGCGCAACCGCAAGAAGAAGUGGCGGCAGAAGGAGCAGGACAAGGAGAAGGGCGACAGCGAGAAGUUCGUCAAGUCCGAGUCCGACGACGGCAGCAAGGGGAGGAGCCGCUUCCGUUUCCCCGACAACCGCCUGGGCCGCAAGUCUUCCAUCAUGAACCAGUCCCUGCUCAGCAUCCCUGGCUCGCCCUUCCUGUCGCGCCACAACAGCAAGAGCAGCAUCUUCAGCUUCAAGGGCCGCGGCAAGGACCCCGGCUCGGAGAACGAGUUCGCCGACGACGAGCACAGCACGGUGGAGGAGUGCGAGGAGCGCCGCGGCUCCCUGUUCAGCCCGUACCGCCGCAACAGCUACACGGGCUACCACGGCAAGCGCAACAGCACGGUGGACUGCAACGGCGUGGUGUCGCUGAUCGGGCCCGGCGGCCGACUCCUGCCUGAGGUGAAAAUAGAUAAGGCAGCCUCUGACGACAGUCCGACUACUGAGGUUGAGGUGAAGAAGAAGCUGUCGGGCUCCCUGAUGGUGUCUGUGGACCAGCUUAAUACCUCCUUUGGGCGGAAAGAGCGGGCAAACAGUGUUAUGAGCGUCAUCACCAACACACUAGUGGAGGAGCUGGAGGAGUCCCAGAGAAGUUGUCCGCCCUGCUGGUAUAAGUUUUCUAACACCUUCCUGAUCUGGGAGUGCUCCCCCGCUUGGCUGAAGAUCAAGGAGAUCGUCAACCUCAUCGUCAUGGACCCCUUCGUGGACCUGGCCAUCACCAUCUGCAUCGUGCUCAACACGCUGUUCAUGGCCAUGGAGCACUACCCCAUGACCCCCCAGUUUGAGGGGGUGCUGUCUGUCGGCAAUCUGGUGUUCACCGGGAUCUUUGCAGUGGAAAUGUUUGCCAAGCUGGUGGCCAUGGACCCCUACUACUACUUCCAGGAGGGCUGGAACUGUUUCGACGGCUUCAUCGUGACGCUGAGUCUGGUGGAGCUGGCCCUGGCGGACGUAGAGGGCCUUUCGGUGCUGCGCUCCUUCCGAUUGCUGCGAGUCUUCAAGCUGGCCAAGUCGUGGCCCACCCUCAACAUGCUGAUCAAGAUCAUCGGCAACUCGGUGGGCGCCCUGGGGAACCUGACCCUGGUGCUGGCCAUCAUCGUCUUCAUCUUCGCCGUGGUGGGCAUGCAGCUCUUCGGCAAGAGCUACAAGGACUGCGUGUGCAAGAUCGCCGUGGACUGCAAGCUGCCGCGCUGGCACAUGAACGACUUCUUCCACUCGUUCCUCAUCGUGUUCCGCGUGCUGUGCGGCGAGUGGAUCGAGACCAUGUGGGACUGCAUGGAGGUGGCCGGUCAGGGCAUGUGCCUCAUCGUCUUCAUGAUGGUCAUGGUCAUCGGCAACCUGGUGGUUCUGAACCUCUUCCUUGCCUUGCUGCUGAGCUCGUUCAGCGCCGACAACCUGGCGGCGACGGACGACGACGGCGAGCUCAACAACCUGCAGAUCUCGGUGAUCCGCAUCAAGAAGGGCAUCGCCUGGUUCAAGGCCAAGGUGCGCGUGCUCAUGGCCAGCCUGCUGAAGAAGCCCCUGCAGACGGACGAGCAGAAGCCCCUGGAUGACAUGUACGACAAGAAGCUCAACUGCAUCGCCAACCACACCGGCGUGGACAUCAACCGCGAGCUAGACUACGUCAAGAACGGCAACGGCACCACCAGCGGCAUCGGCAGCAGCGUGGGCAAGUACAUGAUCGACGAGGACCACAUGUCCUUCAUCCACAACCCCAACCUCACCGUGUGUGUGCCCAUCGCCGUGGGAGAGUCGGACUUCGAGAACCUCAACACGGAGGACUUCAGCAGCGAGUCGGAGAACGAAAACAGCAAAGAGAUGGACGACACCAGUUCGUCGGAGGGCAGCACCAUCGACAUCAAGCCAGAUGUUGUGGAGGAGGUUGUGGUGGAGACUGUGGAGGAGUACUUGGAUCCAGAUGCCUGUUGGACAGAUGCUUGCGUGGCGAAGUACAAGUGCUGUGACGUGCCCAUCACCCACGGGUGGGGCAAGCCCUGGUGGUUCCUGAGGAAGACCUGCUACCUGAUCGUGGAGCACAACUGGUUCGAGACCCUCAUCAUCUUCAUGAUCCUGCUCAGCAGUGGAGCCCUGGCCUUCGAGGACGUGUACAUCGAGCAAAGGAAGACCAUCCGGAUCGUUCUGGAGUACGCGGACAGGGUGUUCACCUACAUCUUCAUCCUGGAGAUGCUGCUGAAGUGGGUGGCCUACGGGUUUGUCAAGUACUUCACCAACGCCUGGUGUUGGUUGGACUUCUUCAUUGUGGAUGUGUCUAUAGUCAGCCUUGUAGCUAAUGCGCUGGGCUACUCCGAUCUAGGGCCCAUUAAAUCACUCAGGACACUAAGGGCCUUGAGACCCCUCAGAGCCUUGUCACGUUUUGAAGGGAUGAGGGUGGUAGUCAACGCGCUGGUGGGAGCCAUCCCCUCCAUUAUGAAUGUGUUGCUGGUGUGCCUCAUCUUUUGGCUGAUUUUCAGUAUCAUGGGGGUCAACCUCUUCGCCGGAAAGUAUUACUACUGUUUCAACCAGACGUCUGAGGAGAUGUUCUCCGACAAAGUGGUCAACAACAAGACCGAGUGCUUCGCCCUCAUCAAUGACAACUACACAGAGGUCAGGUGGAAGAAUGUCAAGAUCAACUUUGACAAUGUGGGGGCAGGCUACCUGGCCCUGCUGCAAGUGGCCACAUUCAAAGGAUGGAUGGACAUUAUGUACGCAGCGGUGGAUUCAAGACAGGUGGAAAGCCAGCCCAUCUAUGAAGACAACAUCUACAUGUACAUCUACUUUGUCAUCUUCAUCAUCUUUGGCUCCUUCUUCACCCUCAAUCUCUUCAUUGGUGUGAUCAUUGACAACUUCAACCAACAGAAGAAAAAGUUUGGAGGUCAGGAUAUCUUCAUGACAGAGGAACAGAAGAAGUACUACAACGCUAUGAAAAAGCUGGGAUCGAAAAAGCCACAAAAACCUAUUCCUCGGCCGCAGAACAAGAUCCAGGGCAUGGUGUUUGACUUUGUGACACAGCAGGUGUUCGACAUCUCCAUCAUGAUCCUCAUCUGCCUUAACAUGGUCACCAUGAUGGUGGAGACAGACGACCAAUCGGACGAAACAGAGUUAGUCCUGUACUGGGUCAACUUUAUCUUCAUCGUGGUCUUCACCACAGAGUUUGUGCUGAAGCUCUUUGCCCUGCGCCAUUACUACUUCACCAACGGGUGGAACAUAUUCGACGUAGUGGUGGUCAUCCUGUCUAUUGUUGGUAUGUUCCUGGCGGAGAUCAUCGAGAAGUAUUUUGUUUCACCAACUCUGUUCAGGGUCAUCAGGUUGGCUCGAAUCGGCCGCAUCCUCCGUCUAAUCAAAGGAGCCAAGGGGAUUCGAACUUUACUUUUCGCCCUGAUGAUGUCCUUGCCCGCCCUGUUCAACAUCGGCCUCCUGCUCUUCCUGGUCAUGUUCAUCUUCUCCAUCUUUGGCAUGUCUAACUUUGGCUACGUGAAACACGGGGCCGGCAUAGACGACCUGUACAACUUUGAGACGUUCGGCAACAGCAUGAUCUGCCUGUUCAUGAUCACCACCUCGGGGGGCUGGGACGGCCUCCUGCUGCCCAUCCUCAACUACCCCCCGGACUGCGACCUCACCCUGGAGAACCCGGGCACGUCGGUGAAGGGGGACUGCGGCAACCCCUCGGUGGGCAUCUUCUUCUUCGUCAUGUACAUCAUCAUCUCCUUCCUGAUCGUGGUCAACAUGUACAUCGCCAUCAUCCUGGAGAACUUCAGCGUGGCCACCGAGGAGAGCGCCGACCCGCUGAGCGAGGACGACUUCGAGACCUUCUACGAGAUCUGGGAGAAGUUCGACCCCACCGCCUCGCAGUUCAUCACCUUCACCAAGCUGGGGGACUUUGCGGACGCGCUGGAGCACCCGCUGCGCGUGCCCAAGCCCAACACCAUCGAGCUGAUCGCCAUGGACCUGCCCAUGGUGAGCGGCGACCGCAUCCACUGCCUGGACAUCCUGUUCGCCUUCACCAAGCGCGUGCUGGGCGACAGCGGUGAACUGGACAUGCUGCGUCAGCAGAUGGAGGAGCGAUUCGUGGCGGCCAACCCGUCCAAGGUGUCCUACGAGCCCAUCACCACCACCAUGCGGCGGAGGCAGGAGGACGUGUCGGCCAGGAUUAUCCAGAAAGCCUUCCGCUCGCACCUCAUCCGGAGGGGCAUCAUCUUCAAGAGGUUCCCCUUCGGCAUCAACAGGCUGGAGAACGGCGGGAACAACCAGGAGAAGAAGGAGAGCACCCCCUCCACGGCCUCGCUGCCGUCCUACGACAGCGUGACCAAACCCGACAAGGAGAAGCCGGAGGAGAACGAGGACAAUGCGGGGCGGAAGGAGAAGAACAAAAACCAAAAAGACGAGCGGGAAUCCAAGUGUUAGGGGUUCAUCGGCGGCCCUGAAUCCUAGAAACAAACAGGGGAACAGAUGAAACUCUGAGCCCAAACCCCGUGAAGAUUGAAAAAAUGUUUGAAUUUACAAUUAAAGAUCAAUAAAUUGAAAAAAAAAACAACACAAAAAAUGUUUACAGACUUGCCGACACUGACGCAGAUUCCGACGUCAGUGGCAAACGAACCAAACCCAAUCCGUCUACCAUGGUACUCUGCUGCAUAGGGACCAUGACAUGAGGAGCAAGCGAAACAGAUAAGGACUUUAAGUGUGCCAGCCAAUGGCACACUCUCAUCACUCAAACACUCAAACACACACACACACACACACACACACGCACACACUUCUUUGGGGACCAACUACCAAGGGACAGAAAUCUCUGCUACAUCCCUGCCUCCACCACGUGUGGACUCCACCUCCCCUCCCCCCAGCAGCUAAGAUCUGCCAUUAUAGAAUCUGUUGCGGAAGAUUCCAUAAGAACUGUGUUAACAGUCUGCGUUCCUUUCGCUAAGUUUACGUCCUUUGUCAAUGAAGCGUGAAAAAGAAAAUGGUUGAAGAAAGUGUUGAUGAAAGGAACCACAGGGGAAAGUAGUGGGAGAGCCAGAGCAAGUUAACCAACCAUCACCAUUUUGGUUUGUUUGUGCUGAGGCUUCUGGCAUCUUUACAUUGUUUCAGCAGCAAAAAAAAAUUACAUUCAGCCCAUGUCACAAGUCUUUCCAUCCCCUCUUUGUUAUACUGACAUCGAAGAAGACAUUUUCUACAUGGGCUUUCACACUGAGCGGGUAGGGGGGUCAUGGUCAAUUUUGACUUGGGUUGAAGAGGAUUCGUUUGAACAGAGUAGCGGAUAACUAGUUAUUGUGCUCGUUCAAUGCCUCGAAAUGACUUGCAUGAAGGCAUGUUUUGAUCAGGAAUCAUGCAUGAGUAAUCAUAGUCUGAAAGACACUUAAUAUUCCCAGAACACUGCCGUGGCUUUGCGGAUACGUUGGAGACGGACACUGACUGGGAAGUAUCAAUGGCCGAUAGUGAUGAUGGAUUAGAUGAAGUUUAUAUCAGGACAUAAGUAUAUCGAGAUAGAAUAUUGGGAGGUGAGAGAGAAAGAGGUGUGAUCGGGAUGGCUAACAGAUGUACGGGACGUAAGGAAGCACGAAUACAAAGUUGUUAGGUUUCAUUUUUUGCUGCUCUUUAUUUCUGACAUUAAAUGCACUUAGAAAGCAUUCGGGGCUGCAUAUCUUCGCUUUGAGGAUGUACAGAGCUUUGGGUGGCCUUCUAAGCCGAUCCAUACCAAAUCCAGGUUUUACUUACUUUACUUCUCCGCGUUCAACGGUCAUUUGCUUGACUUGUUACUAUGGCAAUAAGCUGGUGAUGUCAAAAGCAAUGCCUCAUGCCAACCCAUGUUUGGCAUUAGUGAGGGUAUGCUGCGUCCGUGUUGAUUAGUUUGGUAACCCUCUGAUGGUUUCUAGACAGGGAAAGGAUUAUGUUACAGAGGUGGGGGAGGUGUUUGUCUGUGUGUGUGUGUGUGUGUGUGUGUGUGUGUGUGUGUGUGUGUGUGUGUGUGUGUGUGUGUGUGUGUGUGUGUGUGUGUGUGUGUGUGUGUGUGUGUGUGUGCGUGUGCAGACACACAUUGGGGGUGAGGGGGUUAUUAAAAAAAGGAAUCUCUAGGUAGAUGCAGAAGAUAUAUGUUACUAAACUCUUUCUUGAAACUACCUGUUUUGGUGUCGGUUCGCUGUUUGGAUUUGGCUUUGAGUCACAUGUUAACACACUUUGAGCAAGAGAUUAAAAGGUUUGAUGGAGUCCCUACUCUGACGUUUAGCUUACAUAGCAGAGUGGGAGAGAUCCCAAGGAAAGCCCUUGUUAUGAAACGACGGUUUGGUAGACAGACGAGUGAAGGGACGCCGUGUCCUGUCGCCGCGACAGCAGAGGAAGCCCUGAUUGAUGUGUGCAGUAUCACGUCGAGGUAAACAGAGGAUCAAUAUUUCAGCACCAAGGGUCGAUAAGAAAGAUAGAGAGCCCCGCGCCCCAGCGUUUCAGACUGCCAAGUGAACAGAGAGCCAGGGAGGAAAGGCUCAGGGGCCCCGAGUCAGGAACCGGCUCGGUCUGAGUGAGUGCUGAAAGUCCCAUGUGUGUCAGUGUAUCAUUGUGCUAUUGUGGGACCUCUUUAACACUGUGUGUGGUGUUGGACCCAGGCUCGCACCAUUUUAUUUUCUUCUUCUUUACUUUGUUUUUUGUUUUUUUAACUCCAUGCACUCUCUGACUUUCUCCACCGACAUCGCUCACUUCUGUUCCCGAAUCUGCACUCAGCGUCAGGUGAGGAAUACUCCAGGGGUCAACAGCAGCAGUGCUCAAUGUUGACGCAAUACCGUCAAAAGCACCACUCGCGACUCUUUUUCAUAUAAAGGAAAAAAAAACACAGAAAAACACGAAGCCGAUCGGCGUCCAGUCAUAGGUGAUACUCAACUGCCUCCUUAUAAGGUGUAUACCUAGCCAAUGUUUGGUCUUUUUUUUUACUGUUUUUGGUUUGGGUGGGUUUUUUUCUACACAGGAGUGAUGGUCCUAUUACAAACGGCUGAGCUGGACAUAAAAAUCCAAGACAGCCAAAGUCGCACCACUGACUGCCCUUUGGUGUGUUUAACACUGCCUGUACCAGAACCCCCUGUCUGUGAUAGUAAUAAGGAUAAGGAUUAGGAUUAUACUGUCUAAGGUUAGUUUACAAUAGGAGCUCUCCAAAAUCAGUUUGGCUGACACACCCUGAAACCAAAUACAUUCCCGAAACAGAAACAGGAGGAGCGAAAUAUCUCCACUAUCUUAACUUCUAACUCACGUUCAUCUUGGAUGUAUUGUUUUAGAGUGAUACGUUCAUAGAUACACACAGAAAAAUAAAUUUUAAAAAACAUGCAAAAAAAGAACUAUAUGUACAGUGCAGGCUAUGAUGUAAAUGGCACAAUCGCUGAAAAUAAUGAACUUUUUGAGAGAAAACUAUAAAUACUGUACUAUAUUCUUUUAUUUUAUCGGCAUGCUUUGUUGUGUUUUUUUGUAAAUAUGGAAUUUUAAAAAGCUACUACUAAUAAUCAAAAAAAUGAAUAACAACAAUAAUAUAGAAUGGCUUCCGACUAUGCCCUUUGUCACAUUUGUUACCUUUUGGAUUUUUUGAGACACUUUUCACUUUGUUGACGGAAAUUGAAUGAUAUAUAGAUAUUAUAUAAAACAAAAAGAUAUAUACAUGUAUACAUAUAUGUCUAUAUGUAUAUACUUUCAACAGAAGAACACUGUCACAUUUUAAUUUGUGUGCAACACGUUCAAUAGCUGUCUAACACCGGUUGGUUUGGCAACCCUUCUAUGUCGGAGAACUGAUCAUGUGCGAUGUUCCUGGAGCUGCCUGCUAUGGAUUGUAGCCCGAUCGUGACUGAAAAAGGAUAUUGUUACCAGCACAUUUCUCACUUACUGUCAUAUCUCUCUCUCUCUCUCUCUCUCUCUCUCUCUCUCUCUCUCUCUCUCUCUCUCUCUCUCUCUCUCUCUCUCUCUCUCUCUCUCUCUCUCUCUCCUCUCUCUCUCUCUCUCUCUCUCUCUCUCUCUCUCUCUCUCUCUCUCUCUCUCACCUGCACCGAAUAUAUACACACACAGCACCAGUCUAGGAUACGAGACUAUACCCUUCUCUUUUCCUUCCCUUACCACCUUUCCUAAGCUUAUCACUACCAAGAGGAGGUCAGUUGGUGUUGCUGACGCAUCGGAAUUACACGGUCCCUAGCCUGGGGGCCAAUCGUGUACACUGCCAUACAGAAACACACACACACACACACACACACACACACACACACACACACACACACACACACACACACACACACACACACACACACAGUUCACGAUGCAUAUGUAACAAACUUCUUGCUUCUCUUUCACGCUGUUCUUUUAAUUGUUUUUCAUUUUUUUUGUGUUGUAUUCACUCAAUGGCAUGUGCCUUUUUCUGCUUUUUCUGCAAAAUUUGGACGACGAUGCCACGUUUCUGAAGAAGAAAUUAAAGACUGUUUACAAACUGGAAGGUGUGUGGGGAAGCGGAGGGGGUUAGUGGCAGUUGACAGGUUGCAAGAUGGAGAAGAACAUUCCACGAGGAGUCAGAAAAUGUACGUAAGGAUCAGCGAGCCUCACUCCACUUCAUCAUGACGUUCAACAGUGUUUGUCGUGAACAGAAGAAAAAACAACCGAAUCAAAACAAGAUGUACUGUUCUUUGUGCUAUGCGUGUCACCCACUUCGCUUGUGAAAAAGCAGCUUGCCUUCUAUAUUUAUGUUCUUUACAUCUGAAAUUUUAUUUUUGUAUUAAUACAUGAUUAUAGGAUUAAUUUUUUCUUUUCUUUUUUUUAGCAUGGUUUAUUAUGUGCUUUUUUUUGUUCAUACUUUUCAUUUUGCUGAAGAUUUUCGAGAAAAAGUGCUUUCAAUCUAUUGUUAUCAUUUGACACCGAGAUAAAAGAGGAUAUACAGUACAAUAUGAUGGUGUGUUGCACAACCACUUGGACUCUUAGUAAGAACUUAUGAAAGAUUGUCUUCAUUUGAGCACGAACCUUUUUAUUACCAAUAAAGCAGCCUUCCAGUUACAA